CUUUUCCAGGGCUGAUGUUUGCAGGGUGUUUUUUUUUUUUUUUUUUUUUUUUUUGAACCAAAGCAGAAAUCAUCCUGUAUCCUUAUGCAAUUCUUCCGGCAGGCUCCAACAGAUAAAUAAAGCCCACCACGCUCCAUGGGUCUACCUUUCCCAGCAGAGCACCUGGAUUGGUCCCAAAGCCUCCAACCACCUGCACGCCUGCCAGGGCCUCUCUGGGGCAGCCAUGAAGUCCCUUGUCCUGCUGCUUUGUCUUGCUCAGCUCUGGGGCUGCCACUCAGCCCCACAUGGCCCAGGGCUGAUUUAUACACAACCGAACUGCGAUGAUCCAGAAACCGAGGAAGCAGCUCUGGCGGCUAUAGACUACAUCAAUCAAAACCUUCCUUGGGGAUACAAACACACCUUGAACCAGAUUGAUGAAGUAAAGGUGUGGCCUCGGCGGCCCUUCGGAGAGCUAUUUGAGAUUGAAAUAGAUACCCUGGAGACCACCUGCCAUGUGCUGGACCCCACCCCUGUGGCAAGAUGCAGCGUGAGGCAGCUGAAGGAGCAUGCUGUCGAAGGAGACUGUGAUUUCCGGUUGUUGAAACUAGAUGGCAAGUUUUCCGUGGAAUACGCAAAAUGUGAUUCCAGUCCAGCAGACUCGGCCGAGGACGUGCGCAAGGUGUGCCGAGACUGCCCCCUGCUGGCCCCGCUGAACGACACCAGGGUGGUGCACGCCGCGGAAGCUGCCCUGGCAGCCUUCAACGCUCAAAACAACGGCUCCAAUUUCCAGCUGGAGGACAUUUCCCGGGCUCAGCUUGUGCCCCUCCCACCUUCUACCUAUGUGGAGUUUACAAUGUCUGGCACUGACUGUGUUGCUAAAGAGGCCACAGAGGCAGCCGAGUGCAACCUGCUGGCAGAAAAGCAAUAUGGCUUUUGUAAGGCAACACUCAGUGAGAAGCUUGGUGGGGAAGAAGUUGCAGUGACCUGCACGGUGUUCCAAACACAGCCCGUGACCUCACAGCCCCAACCAGAAGGUGCCGAUGAAGCAGUCCCCACCCCCGUGGUGGACCCAGAUGCACGUCCGUCCCCUCCACUUGGCGCACCUGGACCCCCUCCAGCUGGCUUACCCCCACACUCCCAUGUGUUAGCGGCAGCUCCCCAAGCACUCCCAUCGCACCGGGCGCACUACGACCUGCGCCACGUCUUCAUGGGUGUGGUCCGAUUGGGGUCACCCUUAGGAGAAGCGUUGCACCCCCAGAAAACACACCCAGUGGUGCAGCCUAGUGUUGGUGCUGCUGCUGGGCCAGUGGUUCCUCCAUGUCCGGGGAGGAUCAGACACUUCAAGGUCUAGGUUAGACAUGGCAGAGAUGAGGAGGUUUGGCACAGAAAACAUAGCCACCAUUUUGUCCAAGCCUGGGCGUGGGUGGGGGGCCUUGUCUGCUGGCCACACAAGUGUCACAUGUGAUCUACAUUAAGUCUUGAAUCCCUAUCUCCCGUCAUUCCUCACAGGACAGAAGCAGAGUGGGUGGCGGUUAUGUUUGACAGAAGGCAUUAGGUUGACAACUUGUCAUGAUUUUGAUGGUAAGCCACCAUGAUUGCGUUCUCUGCCUCUGGUUGACUUUACAAAAACCACUGGAACUGUGACUUUGAAAGGUGCUUUUGCUAAGCUUAUAUGUGCCUGUUAAUAAAAGUGCCUGAAAGACCUUCCUUAAUAAAGAAGGUUCUAAGCUGAA